UCUCCUUUUUAAUACUUCACUGCUUUAAUUUGCAGCAUUUUUUCUACUUGACAAGCCUCUCGUCUCAUUUAUUCAACCUUAAAAUGAGCAGCAUCGUACCUCAUUCAUUUCUGGCAUUAAUUGUCAUUGUCUCUUCUAUUUUUGGCUUUAAAUCGUUGCUGUCACCUUCUCCCUUUAAAUGUUCCUCCUUCUUUACUUCGUUGGCACUGCCAAUGAAUUAAUGGCAUUUCGCUUUGGCCAACAGGCACACGGAAAAGGUUGGUGUUAUUAUAGGAGUAAAGGUAUGAUUCUUAUUGAGAAUCGUCAUUUUUAUUUUUCUGGGCAUAAUUUGAGAUAA